AUGGUUCCCGUACGAUUAGCAUUCGAGUGUCCGUGCGUGCGGGUGGUAGCCAGUGCUAGCAGGGUACAAAAAUAUGUUGUGCCAAGAAUCGAAAAGAGUGUGAAUAAUUUACACAGGUCGCGAAAAGUAUGGAUAAAAGCUCUGUUCAUUAUACUUGUGCUGAAUGCGCAUGUGCUUGUUGUGACAUCGCAGCAGCAGCAGCAGCAGCAGCAGCACCAACACCAACAUCAGCAGCAUCAACAGCAGCAACAACAGCAGCAGCUUUUGCCCACAAACCUGCCAUCACCGCAAAAACGAGCCGGUAACACUGCCGACGGUGCCAAAGACCAUUGCAACAAAACUGUUGACAUCUACGAGGAUAUUUCUUCACCAGAAGUUACAAACCUUAAUCGAAACCGACCACUCACAUGCUGGUAUCGGUUUCGCAGCUUCCGGGGUGCACCCCGCGAUUGGGUGCUACGGUUGAAUUUCAAAAAGUUCAAAGUAGGAACCCUACUUAAUGCGACACACUGCGAUGGAGGCUACUUACAGAUAGUGGAUGGCAAUGCCAAAACCGAUGUGUCAAACCGUCGAGAACCGGGUCAAUUCUGCGGCGAAUCGGAGCAACCGCAAACGUUCAUCAGUGAAACAAGUGCCGUCAAAAUAGUCUUUCACACCGAUAACUUCACCGACCAGACAUAUUUCGCUUUCGACUCUGGCGCAGAACAACAAAUGGAGGUAUUCAACCGUUACGGCCCGCACCCGGAACUUUAUCCAAAUCGUCGGGGAGAAGUGGUGCAAGGGUCGUACUGUGAGCGAGAAUUUCGCGACUGUCGACUACAGACGUGCUAUGUGCAGUCACCCGCUUAUCCAGGAAUAUAUCCGCGAGCGUUGAAGUGUCGCUAUCGGUUGCACACGAGACUUCCUUUCAUCAAGCUCUACAUCCAGAACGAACAGUUUGCCGUGGACGGGCAGAGGUGUGAAAACAUCAUGACAUGUCCGAUGAAGGAGAUAGGGUCCGGCUCCGAACACUGCCCCUACGAUUGGUUGGCGGUGUACGAUGGACGAGACGAACAUGCACCACCAAUUGGAAAGUUCUGUGGGAUGGGGAUCCCCUUCAGUAUCAUUGGAACAUCGCAACAUAUGUAUGUGGAGUUUGUAUCGUCACCUGCCGGGCCACUACUGAACACGGGUUUCCAUUUCAAUGUGGGAAAUUGGCCCGGGCAUGUGGAAACGGUUGGAACAAAACAUGGCGCAUGCGAUUGGUUACUUAGUUCUGAUGCGUUACGCGCUACCAGUGCGUCCGAAGGCAUUUUUCUAAGUGUAGCACAUUGGUACCCACCAAACACAUCCUGCAGCUACCAUAUACAAGGGAACGAGGACGAGGUCGUUCGGCUCUACUUUCCUAGCUUCCGAAUAAACCGUAUCGAAGCGCCUAUCAUGAAGCAUGAGGAGGAUUGCGCAGAAUCGCUCACGAUCUAUGAUGCAAACAAUCCUGAUCCGGCCCGUAUCAUUAAAACGUUUUGCGAUACCUUCUCCCGGCCAAUGGAAAAGAUCGAUUUUGUUAGCACAGGUCGUUCGCUGUACGUAAAGUUCCUCAGCAAAACCGGCUCAUAUAGUGGCAGCUCGUUAUACUACUGGGCUCAUUACGAUUUCUUCAACAACACCAAGUUUGGCGAUCCCGUACCAAACACACUCUGCGAUGAAGUCUUCUAUGCCUGGAAGUACAGCCGGGGUGAGCUUAAAUCGCCACGGAAUACGCUCAUCUACAAGCGUGCCUCCGGUAGCGAUGUGCGUUGUCAGUACAAGUUCAUCACGGAUCGACGUUUGUUCUCGCGUGUAGUGGUAGAGGUGACAUCGGUGACAUUCAAAGAAGUACCCUACUCGGUAAGCGCAUGCACCCGAUGCCACGAGGAGCGAGUGGAUAAGCUAAUUUUAUGGGAAGAACGUGACAAGAGCCAAAACCGAUUGGCUUGCUUCUGUGACAACAUUCCCCGACCGGUGCGUAUCAUAUCCUCGGGGGAUCAAAUGAAUCUGGAACUUAUCAUUCAAGGACAGCACGCCACGACAAGCUACUUUAAAAAUCCAAACACUCUGUUCGAGGCGAAUUACGAGUUUGCUCAUGGGCCGAUUUGUGGACCAAUAACGUUAGGUCCUUCGCCCGAUGGAGAGCUAGUUUUUCCUUACAAAAACGCACUGGGAUUCCAGCUGACCGAAAACCGUAAAGAAAAGUGCAUCUGGGAGCUUAAGGUAGCGGCACAGCGUGACCUCUGGCUACACCUGGAUAAGGCACGGUUUGCUGAGCGAAGCUGUGAGCAUGGCCGUAUCGAGGUGUAUCUCGCCGGUCGGCUUGAGCCACGCUUUAUCAUUUGCCCUGAAAAUGUGAGCCUUGCGCGGGAUCUGCCCAUUCUGUCAGCGGCCGAGCUGGGUGCCGUGGAGAACGAAAACGAACCGCUACCAGUGCUAAUACAGUACACAGGUGAUAGUGCCAUCGGCAAGAACGCAUUUAAAUUCGUUUGGACAGAACUGUUCCAUCUACCUCGCAACGCCGACGGAACGCUGGCAACUUCCGCAAUGUUCAAAGACAGUUGCGAUUUCUACUGUCCCGGCGAUCAGCACGUUUGCAUACCAGAGUAUCUGCUGUGCAACGGCGUGCUUAACUGUCCCAACGUGACUGGCCUGCGCGUAGUAGAAAGCAACAUCGAUAAAAACUACGAGUACAUCGAGGAAAAUUAUCUACGCACCGGGCUUUUCGAUAAGGAGUUCCUGCUCAAUAUCGAGUAUUUGACCGACGAAUCGCCGGAGCUCUGCCGGACCAAGUACAUACCGGGCAGCCGGCCUGGGCAGGUCGAGCUACCAGAUGUGGUAGAGUGCUUCCAGUUUCCGGUGGUGCAAAUGGUUGUCGCUGGCAUCAUAGUCAGUGCGCUAAUCAUUCUUGCAUUCGUUAUCUACUGCCGUCUGUACGGACAGAAGUACUACGAAUGAGAGGAACCACACUAGCGUUGGUUGUAGCGUCCCUGCAUCCGCUCUAUAGACUAUCUCUGAUAAGGUAAGUUGUUAGGUUUUUUUGUGACUCUUUUCACAUUCCCGACUCCGUUUUCUUCGCUCCUUCAUUAGUUAAUCAGCAUGGGUAGACGCAACGAGCGAGCUUAUUGUGUGUUGCGCAAAGGUACUAGGAACAUAGCAAAGGACUAGUAACACAGCAUGUAGGGUUUGAGUAGUAACGUUCACCACCAUUUACUACUACAGAAAUAUUCCAUUUCUUAUGAACUUUCUUUAUGCACUGAUUUUUGAAACAAGUAGAACAUUUGCGAUUUUCCAGAUGUAAUUGUAUUUCAGCAAUUAUCUUACGGUGAGAAUGAAACCCUUUCACUGAUAAGAAAACAGUUAUCACAAGAAAAAA